AUGGUUAGAUAUAGCCACUUCAAGGCAGUCCUGAAUAAAUACGAAUUCUCUCUUCUCUGUGGUUCUGAAUCCAAACCCACAGCAGCACUGACUCCUGAAUGUUAUUCCAGAGCCCGGCGCACACUGCAGGAUCCAGAGAGAGUUCCAGGAGCUCUGAUCAAUGUGGCAAAACACCUGGGCAACCUGAAGUUCAGAGUCUGGAAGAAGAUGCGUGAGGUUGUGAAAUACACCCCUGUGACUCUGGAUCCCAAUACUGCACAUGGAAGCCUCAACAUAUCCGAGGGGCUGACCAGCAUGAAAUACACUGAUGACUGGUCACAGCUUCCUGAUAACCCAGAGCGAUUUGAUGUUUGGGCCAAUGUAUUGGGCUCUGAGGGCUUCAAUUCAGGGACUCACUUCUGGGAUGUACAGGUUGGGGACAACACUGAUUGGGACGUUGGUGUUUUGACCGAGUCAGCCAAUAGGAAGGGAGAUAUUGAUAAUUGGAGUGGAGUUUGGUAUGUAGUCUAUAAAGAUGGUAAAUAUUACACUGUUUCUACCCCACAGCCAGAGAGUUUGCUUAUAGUGAAGACAAAACCCCAGAGGAUCAGGGUUAAGCUGGACUGGGACAAAGGGAAGGUGUCCCUAUAUGACCUUGAUAAUAUUACUCAUUUACACACAUUCAUGCACACUUUCACUGAGAGAGUGUUUCCAUUCUUUGGUUCUCAAUGUGUGCGUUUUCCACUGAGGAUCUUACCAAUGAAGACCUCAGUUAGAAUCAGUCAGUGAAAGAGAGUGCCUUUCCCUUGUUCCCCAAGCUUCACCUGUGGUGAUUGAAAUGUUGUGUGCACAAGGUCAUGGUGGGGAUUUAAAUGGUGUUGCCUCAUAAUACCAUGGCAGUUCCUCAUAAUAGUAUCAUGUUUCCUCACAAUACCAUACCUGACACUAUUUAAAGGGGAGUAAAAAACAAUUGAGCA